CGAACAGUGGACCGCACAAUCUGACGAGAAUGGUGGAAGGAUUCGCCAAAGUCAUCAAGUAUGCCCUCUUCCUCGCCAACGUCAUCAUUUUGGUGGGCGGCGUGUCGGUGUUCGCCGUGGGGGUGUGGACGCUGGCCGACCGGUCCUUCAUGGAACGUCUCCUAGGCAACGACCUCUACGUGACCUCUGCCGCCAUCCUGAUCGCGACCGGGGUCGUGGUCACCGUCAUAUCCUUUCUGGGAUGCUUUGGCGCCAUUAAAGAGGUCAAAUGCAUGCUCCUCACGUUCUUCAUCAUCCUCUUCAUGAUGUUCAUCGUCGUACUCAUCGGUGGAAUUCUGGGAUACGUAUUCCGAAGUGAGGUUGAGAAGCAGAUGCACCAGGAAAUGCUGAUGUCAGUUCCACUUUACAAGAAUGACACGACGGUCACAGACGCUUGGGAUGCUCUGCAGCCCUACUUCAAGUGCUGCGGAAUCGCCGUCAACUACGACCAGAGCCAGGAGGUGUGGAAGCGGAAUUCCAACUUCCAGAGCAGCGACAAGCGGGUGCCGGAGUCCUGCUGCCGGAGAAGAGACCAGGCCUCAGUCCGGCAGUGCCAGGGAGACCCCGGAAACUACGCAUAUGACAAGGACUGCUACAUGGAGAUGAAGGACUUUGUGAAGAACCACGCCCUCAUCCUUGGCGGCAUCGGCAUCGGAAUCGCCUGCCUCCUGAUCGUCGGUAUGAUGCUGUCCUGUGCUCUUUUCCUCAUGAUCAACUGAUGGAGUUCCGUUCUUAAUCAUCUUUCGUCAUGAUUCCACCCAACCGAAUGCCAUUUCUCGGGACAUACUACAUCCCCGUGUUGCUGGUUCGAAAAGACUUGCAC